GUCUCCCGAGGGAUCACCCAGAAAGUUACCAUUCCUUCAUGUGGAAUAACUUCUUUAAGCACAUCGACAUCUCAGCAGAAAAUGUCCACAUUUUGGAUGGGAAUGCAGCAGAUCUACAGGCGGAGUGUGACGCCUUUGAGGAGAAAAUCAAAGCAGCUGGAGGGAUUGAACUCUUUCUUGGAGGUAUUGGCCCUGAUGGUCACAUCGCCUUCAACGAGCCCGGCUCGAGCCUGGUGUCCAGGACACGUGUGAAGACCUUGGCCAUGGACACCAUCUUGGCUAACGCCAGGUUCUUCGAGGGUGACCUCUCCAAAGUGCCCACCAUGGCUCUGACAGUCGGAGUGGGCACUGUGAUGGAUGCCAGAGAGGUGAUGAUUCUUAUCACGGGAGCCCACAAAGCCUUUGCUCUGUACAAAGCCAUCGAGGAGGGUGUCAGCCACAUGUGGACAGUCUCUGCCUUCCAGCAGCACCCCAACGCUGUGUUCGUGUGCGACGAGGACGCCACGCUGGAACUCAGGGUGAAGACAGUGAAAUACUUCAAAGGUUUAAUGCUGGUUCACAACAAGCUCGUGGAACCUUUGUACAGCAUGAAGGAGACAGGAGCAGGAGGAGGGCAGCCCAAGGAGCCGUACAGCGACUGA